AUGCCAGUGAAUAUAUUCUACCUGUCCAUUCUGCUGGUGGCAGUCAUCGCCACUCUGACAGCUGGCCAUGCGGUGGAGCGCGAGCAGCCAUCGGCACUUGGCUAUGGUCCGGCUGUACACAUCAGCUCUGGAGUCCUGCAGCUGGCCGACGAUACUGAGACGCAGCUGCUGCUUGUGCCCAGCGUGCACUCCUCGCCCCUAGCCCAGCCGUGGCCGCACUUCUAUGUGGAGGGUUUGACCUCACACCUGCCACACGUUGCCACGCUGCCCCAGCCCACUGUUCACGAGCCACGCAUUGUAAUCAGCGAUAAUUUGGACUUUAGCCACCAUCCAUCAGUGAAGUCCCAUGGACGCUAG